CAAAUGGGCGAAUGGAGAACUUGUUCUUGUAAUUUAUGAAGCAGAAACGUCAACUGGGUUCGAAAGAAAGCAGGGCUUAAGCAAAAUGAGUGGGCGCAGUAAGAAAGUGCGAGUGUUUGCAAGAAUUCGGCCUACAGCCAAGUUUGCGAAGGACAACUUAGAGCUGUUGCCAGAUGGAAAGAGUGUAAAUGUCCACCUCAAACGAGAUCCCAAAAAGGGAGUGGUCAAUAAUCAGAUCCUUGAUUGGUCAUUCAAAUUGGACGGAAUUUUCCACAACAGCGGUCAAGACAAAGUGUACGAGUCAGAAGUGUCUGGAAUUGUAACCAAUGCUUUGGAUGGCUACAACGGAACUGUUAUGUGUUAUGGACAAACGGGUGCAGGUAAAACAUUCACCAUAACUGGAGCCACUGAGAGCUAUAAAAACCGGGGCAUCAUUCCCAGGGCUCUGUCACAGAUUUACAAAGAGGUGGAAGAUAGACCAGAAUAUGCUAUAACUAUCAGAGUUUCAUAUUUAGAAAUUUACAAUGAGACGAUGUUUGACCUGCUGUCAACUCUCCCAGAGUCCUGGAACCAGAUGUCUGGAGAGCCACUGGCAGUUAUUGAAAAUGAAAACGGGGUGUACGUCAAGGGGCUCUCCUGCCACCUGGCCCAGAACGAAGAGGAGGCUCUUAAUCUCUUGUUUGAGGGUGAGACCAACAGAGCCAUAUCUGCUCACUCUCUGAACAAACAGUCAUCAAGGUCUCACUGUAUCUUCACAGUGUAUGUUGAGGCUCGCUCCAGAACACAGUCUAAUGCAAAAUACACGGUCUCCAAACUGAACUUUGUAGACUUGGCUGGAUCAGAAAGACUUGGUAAAACAAAUUCUCAGGGGAAAACCCAGCAGGAGGCCAUGUACAUCAACAAAUCGCUGACAUUCCUGGAGCAGGUGAUCAUCGCUCUGGCAGAUCCGCGGCGGGACCACAUUCCAUUUCGACAGUCCAAACUGACGCACUGCCUGAAGGAUUCCAUUGGUGGAAACUGUGGCACGCUGCUGGUAGCCAAUAUAUGGGGGGAGCUUGCUCAAAUGGAAGAAACGGUAUCCACAUUAAGGUUUGCUACACGCAUGAUGUGCGUGUCCAGUGAACCCGCCGUCAACGAGGUAUUUGACCCAGCGGUUUUAGUAAAGAAGUUACAAAAAGACAUUGUUCAUUUGAAGUCAGAAUUGGCCAUGCAUGAUACACUGACAAACCGAACACAGAUCUCAUACGACCCUCUGUCUGAACAGCAGAAAUACGAGAUCAGACAACAAGUGAGGAAAUUCCUCGAGGGCGGACUUGAUGAGAUUGAUAUAACCAACAUCAGACAAAUACAGGGAGUAUAUGACGCUUUCAAAGAAAUCUACUUACAAAUGGAACAGGAUGUAGAAGAGCGGCUGAGGGAGAAAUACAUGCUCAUUGACAAGUCAGACCCCAACUCCAUUGCCGCGGCACAAAAGGCAGGAGCUCUGAUCUCAGACGAUGGCACAUUGCAGGGUUGGGAGCCAGAUGGCCAGAGCUUUGGGGUGGCAGCACCCAGGUCAGCCAAGGCAGAUAAUUCUUCAGUGGUCAGCGCACGACGUGCACAGAGAGAGAAAGAAAGACGCAGGACUGACAAACACUCCAGCAGACACAGCCCAGUAGGAGGUAAGGGUGCCAGCCCUGCUCACAGCUCCAAGGGUGACCGUGGAUGUCAAGUCUCCCCACACCCCUGUGGACAAGAAGGGUGCUGAUGAGAAGGAGACAGAGCCCCUGCCACACCCACCAGUUCUAUUGCUGCUCCCACGCGCUCAGAGAAACUUCCGGCCAAGUUAUUUUAUUCUCGUCCUUCCAGCACACCUCCGUCCAGAACGGUGGCGUUUGAGGAGUUCAAGUCUGAGGUGGGCCGUGAGAUCAGCCGAAUUCUCAAUGAGAAUAAGGAAAUCCUUAGUCAAAAGAAAAAGAACUAUGCUGACGUGGCCCGACAGAUCAACCGCACCAAGAUGGACAUUGACCAGUGCCGUAUGAUGCUGGACAGGCUCAAAACUGAGAGAGAAAGCAGUGGCAUAACCUACAGUGAGGAAGGGGAGGUAAUCAUCACAGAGCAGGAGUUCUUGCAGAUAAAGCAGCUGAAGGAGUUGAAGCAGCAGUACAGGACAUUUUCAGAUGAGCUGAAGCAGAUUAAGACUGAUGUACAGUAUUGUCAGAACCUGGUCGACCAGUGCAGAAAGAGACUUAUACUAGAAUUUGACAACUGGUACGCAGAGAGUUUCCUGUAUAACAGUGAGGACCCCCAGACAAGUUCUGCCGCGGGAUUUGGAACACGCCCGGGGGUGCAGAUCAUGAGCUUUGACCCCAACACUGUGCCGGAAGAUGAGCAGGAGAAGUUUGACCGCCUUCAGAUGGAGCUUUUGAUGAAUAACCCUGAAUCUGCAGCCUUCCACAACGCUCAGAUGAGGACAGAGAGACGGAAAACAUACGAGAAGGCAAUGACACAGCCACAACCCAGUUUCCGUAGAAACCCAGGCUUACCCACUGUCAACAUCCGCAACAAACCACCAUCUAUCUUACAAGUGUCACACUGAAUUGGCCAGUCAGAGUUAGGAUAACAAACACUGCUUGACCAGACCCAGACUUGGAGACAUUUAUGUCUGCUCUUUGCUGGUUCAUAUUUAAAUAUCAUGUUUGUGCUUCUCCAGUUAUAAUGAAUAUUCUUGUAAUUCAAUUAUAUAUAUAUUAUUUAUGCGUCAGAGAAUUUUUCAAGUAUUUCAAUUCGUGUACAGUAUUGAAUAUAUAAUUACUUAAAGGUUGUGGCCCUUUAAUAUAUCCAGUUUUACAAUUAAAGUGUAGGUAAACAAAGUGAAGAGAAAAGUACAAGAAGGUGUGUAUUUUUUUGGCAUGGAAAUAUUGAGCAAUUUUUUAAUGUUUUACCUCAGUCAUUAUUUGUUCCCAAAAUGUCACAUACCAUUGAAGUAUUAGGGCUGUGAUAACUAAUGCAUGCUGACUAUAAUCUGACCUUAUUAAAGUAUUGAUAUCAAUCAAAUAAAUAAAUAUUAAAGAAUUGAAAUUCAUAAUUUGAACUUCCAUACAGGACCUCUCUUUUUGUUUUUCCUCAGUGGAACAAUUUUUAUAAACUGAAAACUGUAGAAUGUUAUGUGAGAACUCGUUAAUCAGUAUUUUAAUUGUUUUGAAAGAUUUUAAAUUUUAAAGGUAGGAUUUUACAAAAAGAAGCCAACUGUGAUAGUCACCAAUGCUUUGUUCUUGAUCAGUGCUUUGCAGCAUAUUGAGUAAUGUAUCCAGUGCACAGGUAUAUUUGCCGCUUUGAUUUUUCAUUUGUUAUUAGAUAUAUUUUGUACGUACAAAUCUGUACGAAAUGCACAAGGUUAUUUGAAAAUAAGAAUAAUACAUAAAUGCUGCUGUUAUUGGCUACAUUUUGCACAUUUUAGUGUUACUGAUUUCUAAUAGGUUUGGAAAAAUUUGUUCGGCAUAAAGGAUAAUUAUUCAUUCAUUCAUGUAUCGGCCAGGUGACAAGGUGUAUUAUGUGGUUGAUUGAAACAUAGUUAACAUUUGAAGAAUUAGUAUUACUGGUAAGAACUUCAUCAUAUGUUGUUUUAACAAUUACAUGAAGUUAUGUAUACAACAUCUGCAUAUUAAUGACUUAUUCUAAUCAUGGGAAAAUGAACUUCAAAUAAAUGGAAGAAAAAUGAGCAUUCAACAAUAUUGGGAAAUAUGUAAAUGACACAGAUGUUUGUUAACAGGAGUUCUUAGUGUAUUUCCUCCCCACCCUAAGUGACUUUAAGACUCGUAGAAACACUUUACAAACUGGCACAGAAAAAAAACGAAAAAAAAGAAUAAAAUGACA